AGAAAAAAAAAAGGAAAGCUCAUCAAAGGCUCUUUGGUGUCUCUUCGUAUUUUACAAAAAUCUCGGCCUUUCCCUAUGCUGCGCUUUCUCCUCUUCGCUCUUUCUUCUUCUUGAAAACUCACAAAUCUUCUUAGGGUUUAUACUUCACUAAGGGUUUCUCUCUCUCUCUCUUUCUUCUUCUCCAGAGCGCUUGUUCACUUGUCUCUCUAAGAAACCUAGGGUUUUCGAUUUUUUCAAUCUUCUGGUACAAUGGAUAGAUACAAGAGAGUCGAUAAACCCAAGCCUGAGUCUCCGAUUAACGAGAAUGAGAUCCGUAUCACCAGUCAAGGCCUUAUCCGAAACUACAUCAGUUACGCCACCAGCCUUCUUCAGGAGAAGGGUGUUAAAGAUAUUGUGUUGAAGGCAAUGGGGCAAGCAAUUAGCAAGACUGUGGCCAUCUCUGAGAUACUUAAAAAUAAAAUUCCAGGUUUGCAUCAAGAUAUUGCAAUCAGUUCUAUGAGUAUUACUGAUGUCUGGGAGCCUAUGGAGGAGGGUCUUGUUCCGGUUGAGUUGACGCGCCAUGUUUCCAUGAUUUCAAUCACAUUGUCUUUGAGUGAGCUAAAUAAGGAUUCUCCUGGGUAUCAAGCUCCAGCACAGACAGAUCAAUCUAAGCCUCAGUAUCAGCCACAGCAAGGAAGACAAGCCCGCGUACCAUACAAUGCUUAUGGUGAAGAUUCGUAUGGUCGAGGGAGAGGUCGUGGCGGAGGAAGAGGCAGGGGAAGAGGUGGAUAUGGAAAUCACCAAGAGAGGCAUCAAGGAAAUUACCAAGGGAACUAUCAAGAAGAUUAUCAAGAAAAUGAAGGCGCGUAUUCAAACAGGGGCAGAGGCCGUGGACGUGGUGGACGGAGUUAUGGCUCUCGUGGCGCUGGAUAUCAGGGUGGCAGAGGUGGGUAUGAUGGUGGCAGAGAUGACGGAUAUGGUGGAAGAAGGGACGAUGGAUAUGGUCCGAGGAGAGAUGACGGAUAUGGUGGAGGAAGGGACGAUGGAUAUGGUGGAGGAAGGGACGAUGGAUACGAUGGACGCAGAAAUGAUGGGUAUGGGGGUAGGAGAGGCGGAUUUCGAGGCGGCCGUGUUGGAGGUAGAGGUGAUGGCUACGUUGGAGGCAGAGAUGAAGGAUAUGGGGGAGGCCGAGGCCGAGGUGAUGGGUACGGUGGAGGCCGAGGUGAUGGGUACGAUGGAAGCAGAGGUGAUGGGUACGGAGGAGGCCGAGGUGAUAGGUACGGUGGAGGAAGAGGUGAUGGGUACGGUGGAGGACGAGGUGAUGGGUAUGGAGGUCGUGGUGACAGAUAUGGAGGAGAUCGUGCUGAUGGUUAUGAGGGCGGGCAAGGUGGAUACCGUGGACGUAGAGGUGGAUAUGGUCGAGGACGUGGAAGGAUGGGUAAUGGUGGCCGUCCAAGGGGUGGUGCUAGUAACCAAAACGAAGCCUAAGCUGUUUGAUUUCCCAUUUUCGAAGCUAUAUGGGUAAUAUGCUCUGCUUAUUUUUCCGUUACCUGAAAGACCCUUAAAGUUCGUAGCACAAUCUACCAACCACUCCUAAGGGUUUUGAUAUUUUGCUUUAGGUUACUAUGGUUGUUAAAUGAUGUGGAUGACAGUUCAGUAAAAACGCAUCGUUGGUAAUUUCCAUAUAAAAGCCCAAGGGAGAGUUUAAGGAAGGGGUUUCUUUUUGUUUUGGUUCUCUUUACCUUUUUCUUCUGCACAAAUUUAGCCUUGAGGGUAAAACCAGCUUCCUGUAAUUAACUAUGGUUACUUUUCUAGUAUUUUAUCCAAAUCUUUCUAUAACGUGUUAUUGUAUACUUGAACUAUUGUAGAGGAGAUCUAAAAGCUUUCUAAAUGAAGAAAAGAUUUAGUGCA